GUCACAUGUCACAAGCAAAGACAAUAUAGAAGAGAGCUCGUAACAGCUGUGAUAUGACAAAAAGUGCCAAAGCAUCCGAUGAAUAAAAUGAUUAGUGGAGUAUUGUUUGGGGGUCAGCAUGGACCCUACUCAAUAGACCAGCCUGUGCAUUGCUGUUACACCGACUGAUAUGCUCUGCUCUCCCUUGCACUUCCUAUAUCUCUCAAACACCUAUAUCCUCUCCGUGACUGCAGAUUGCUUUGCAGGCAAAGAUCAAGUCAGCUCAAAAAGUUGUGAACCUGACUGUAAAAGGACUGGCAGUCUAGUUAUAUUGUUGGUGAGCAUGGCAAGGGCAAUGAAUGCACUCUGUGAAAUCCUUCCUGCCAAGAAAAUGUGGAGCCUGGGAGGAGAAAAGCAGUGGAAUCUACCCAUCAGUGCUCAAGAUCAGAGCACUUCACAGCGGGGGCUGAGGAAGAGGAUUUCCUCCUUCAGCAUGGGUUACAGUGCCAGAUCUGAGGGGAAUUCUACCAGAUCUGGGUCUUCAUGGCCAUUUCAGAGGAGCCAGAGCAUGCCAUCAUCAGGAGCAGAUUCUGCAUCUCUUAUGAAAUGGGUGGAGUGGGGUUGGGGAUGGAUCACUAGAAAGAAGAACAUUCUCUGCAGAAAAAUUUCUAUCUGCGGUGAUGAAGACCUUAUGUUGGGAGAUCGCAGAUCCAGCUUGAAUCAGGCAUUCUGUAAGAUUGGGGCACAUUUCAGGAAGUUGGUACACAGGGGACCUGUCAGACAUGAGGGAUUUACCUAUGAUUCUUUCAACUAUGCUCAGAAUUUUGAUGAUGGACAGCUUCAAGGACAGGAUCCUAUCAAUGGCAAGCGCUAUUCUUAGUUCUUUGAUCUUGGGUUUUGUUUUUGGGUAUAUGCAUAGGGAUUUAGGGUUGUAAUGCAUAGGGAUUGGUUGCUAUUCCAUAGGUCGAAGCCCCAGAUCGCGAAUUCCAUGAACUGAUGGAGAACCAGGUGAUUUGCUGCUGUUACUACUGCAUUCUAUUAUGUACAUGGUAAUGAUUUGUAGAAGAUUUAACUAUUAUAGUAUUGGGUAUUAUUUGAUUUCCAUCCUUGGAAAGAAAGAACAAGAAAUAAAUUGUACUUAUUCCUUGUAUUAAUUUGUGUCCAGAUAUGGAUCACAUGUUACAUGAA